CACAGAGCAACCAGGAACAAAUGGACAAAUAAACCAAAGAUUGUGUUCUUUUUGUGUCUAGGAAAUGGUUUCAAACAGGUCAUAAACUCUGGCAGACUGCAAUGUCUUCACUAUCUUUCGAAUCUCUCUGUUUAAAAGAUGAUGAUUGUCCAUCCCCAACUCAACCCCAAGGUGAGGAGGAUGAGUUUGACACAGACUUGGAGUCAGAAAAAGAGGAGAGCAACAAAUCAGCUUCUAUAGCUGAAGUGUACCUGCAGGCCUGCAAGCUAGUGGGUGUGGUGCCAGUCUCCUACUUUAUACGAAACCUUGACUCCACAACCAUGAACCUCACCCACCAUGGGCUGGGACCUUUGGGAUGCAAGGCACUUGCUAUUGCUUUGGUGACUGAUAUGCACAUCAACACUCUGGAACUGGCAGACAAUCACGUUCAAGCUGAAGGAGCCAAAUACCUUGUGGAGAUGUUGAGGGCUAAUUUCACCAUUCAGCAUCUGGAUCUGUCCAACAACCAUCUGCAGUCUGCAGGAGCAGAAUACGUGGCUAAAAUGUUGCUGGACAACAUUUCAUUGAAAUCGUUGAAACUUUCAGGAAAUGGAUUCACUGAUGAUGAUGCUAAAUAUUUUGCAGAUUCCCUCUCAAGCAAUUCCAGAAUUAAGGAAUUUGACCUGAGCCAUAAUGAGUUUUGCAGAAAAGGAGGGGAACAUUUGGGACAACUGCUGGCAAAUAAUGAAGGUCUGGAGGUACUGGACCUUAGCUGGAAUCAUCUCAGAAUGAAAGGGGCUGUAGCUUUUUGUGCAGGACUCAAGGUGAAUACAAUGCUAAGACACCUUGACUUAUCAUGGAAUGGUUUUGGGAAUGAGGGCGCCCUGGCCAUGGGAGAGGCCCUAAAAUUCAACAACACUCUGGUGCACCUCAACCUCAGCAACAACCGCCUCACCAACGAGGGUGUCGGCAUGCUGUGCAGAGGUCUUGAGUUCAAUGACACACUCCGAGUCCUACUGCUGGCAUAUAACUCCAUAACAGUAGAGGGAGCAUUGGCCUUGGUUAAUGUGGUGAAGAACACACCUAAAACUGCCUUGGAGGAGAUAAACAUGUGUAAUGUGCUGGUAAAUGAGAACUUUGUGCAUCUGCUGGAGGUGACAUGUCAGGAGCAUCCUGGACUGGAUGUACAGUAUGGUGGGGUGGGAGGCUUCAUCGCUAAGAAGCCACCAAAACGUGUCGAUCCAAUGAAAGUCAUCCAGGAUUAUCUGGAUCAACGCAAGUUGCGCCUGUGGGAUUUCUUUCGGAACAUUGACAAAGAUGGUACCAUGCGAGUCCCUGUCGCUGACUUCAGGAAGGCGGUGCAGCAAUCAAGCAUUCCUUUGGAUCGAUACCAGAUUGAGGAGCUGAUUCAGAGACUUGAUCGUGACAGGACAGGAAUGGUUGACUACAGGGGGUUGGCAGAUACAAGGAAACAGAUGAUGAGAGAUCACCGGCGCCAGCUGAGGAAGGUUGAGUCCCGUCAGAAAAAAGAGAAGCAGAAGAGUGACCGCAUCCUCAAGACCUUCCAGAGCGCUGUGGAGGCGGUCACACCUCGCAGCUCCAUGGUCAUAUCUCCAGGAGCUGCCAAAGAGGACUCGAGUGGCCCGCAGCAGUUUUCUGCCACCCCUCUCAGCUCGUGGCACCACAUCGUCAUGUCCAACAGCAGUCGCUAUUCCGUCACCAACCUGAGCAGCGAGCACGUGCACCUGCCCAUUCUGGGAGGCACCCCGUCGUACCGCGCAACCAGUUCCCUGGCAAUGCGCUCCUUCUCCCAGCCCAACCUGCUGGAUGACUCCCCACGCUCUGCCCCAGGAAAGUCCAUCUCGGCUCAGGGUGUGCGCUCUGAUCCAGAGAUGGGCCACAGCAAGCUAAGCUCCGCUGCUAACCACCUGACCAGGUCCAGGCCUGCUCUCAACGCCAAGCAGCCAGAAGUUAAAGCCAAAACCAAGAAAAUGAAGAAGAAGAAAACUAAGAAACAUGUGGAGAAGGGCUCAAAGAAGCCUACUCACACUAUCAAGUGACAGUCAAACUCUGUGUGAUGCUAUGAAAUGUUAUGAUUGUUUUUGCCUGUCAUCACUGGCUUAUUUAUUACUCACAAUUAUUAAAUAAAGAUAGAUAGAUUU